UUUAAUACGGAAGUGCCAUAAAAAUAGGAUUGCCACACCAACAAUUCAAGUGACGUCACUCGAAUGGAUCCAUGGAGCCAUAGCACAUCUAAAAUUACAUGGGCUCAAGAAAAAUAUUGCACGACGAACAUCGUAUAUAUUUUAUUGUUUAAAAAAAUAAUAAUAAAGUGAUAUAAAAGUAUAUGUGCAACGGAGGUGAUUAUAUAUAAAGAUCAAGGCGAGAAAUAUAAUUUUGAAGAGCGAGGGAUUAUUAUCCAGUUGCUUUGGUUACUGCGAUCCUAUUAUUUCGUGUGUUCUAAAGAUGCAAAGAAAGCGACCACCAACGAGGAUCAAACCCACUAUCUAUUAAUUCAAAAUUAAUCUAAGCAAACUAUGUGAUAAUUGCAUAGGCUAAGUCAAAAAUACGUCCAAGAUGCCUGUUGUCUCACCAUCACGGUAUACAUCCACCUCUUCCAACCUGACUGGCUCGUACCGGUCCACAUUGACCUCAUCUUCUAGCCUAGACAAGCCAUACUACAGGUCUACCAGUGGAACAUAUGUCACAUCAACACUAAGAAGCUCCUAUGGAGAUAGAACAACAGAAUACAAAUCAAGAUACUCCGAUGUCGAUGGAAAGACAGAGAGAAAGACCUCCUUAGUCGAGUAUUCCCGUAGCUCCCGAGCCCCCAGUGUCACAGAUUCUGACAGCGGGAUAUCAUCCAGAUAUAGAACGGAUAGAAGUGAAUCCAGAUCUAGAGAUAUAUCAACAACACGCAGUGAAAGCAGUAAGGCGGAUGCUUCUAGAAAUUCAAAGAGGAAUUUCAUAAGUUCCGCAGCUCUAGCGAUGUCAACCGCUGAGUUAUAUAAUAAAUACUCUCCAGCUAAUUAUAUCCCUUUAACUCAGAGAAUUCAACAGCAACAGCAACAAAAUCAAAGUAAUUAUGGAGAGAUUGCAAGGUCCAAAUCUAUAUCAAAUGAUAUCGGACGACCACCAGCACCGGAUUCGUAUAGGGCAGUGCGAAGAGCAAGGAAUUCAACUGCUGCAACUAUUACUGAGAAACCCGAAGGAAGAAGAUCGUAUAAGGAAAGCUCGCCGACACAAGGGUACAGCAAAAGGAAUUCCAUCUCCAACGGCAUCAGGGACAGUAAUGGAAACGAAGUACCAACCGUCUCCGAGAUUCGCAGGCGAUUCGAUCCCAAGAUGACGGUCACCAAAUUACCCACCAAUGAUUCAAGAUUAUCUGCUAAAACUUCUGUAGAACAAUAUCUGAGCCAGUUAAAGGAAUGUGAAAACGGUUCCAGUGGCUAUACUAAGGCUGUAUCCAAGGAAGACCAGCCUGUACCCGUCCAUUUGCCAUACGUCGAAAAGAACGGAUUAAGUCAUAGGUGGGAAAUUGGAUCAUCCAGUUCCAGGUCCAAUUCAAACUCUGAUCUUUCAAUUAGCAAAACUAUAUCGGAGCCUGUAUCACUCGCUAAACCUAAGAUCGACAAUACCAAUAUGUCAAUUUCAUUCACGGCAAAAUUACCUUCGGAAAGAUUAGCUAGUAUCAAAUGUCAAUUAGAUCCUAACAAUCCUAUUGGAAAGAUAUUAGAAAAAUCAACUGUGAUACAAGUAUCGAAUGGUGAUAUAGAACGUAAAAAGCUAGCUAGAUGUAGUCCUGAAGUUAAAGUUAAAGAAUCUCUAAAGAACGAUAUAGAAAAACAAGUAAAAGCACCAAAGCACACUUCGAACUUUGCAUCAUACAUACAAAUAUCACAACCUAUAGCUUCAGGGACUUCCACACCUAAAAUAUCGAAACAAAUCGAUUUAAACAAUAUUAACGAUGAAUUAACUCAAGCUGAAUUAACAAUCAAACCGGAAACUAAGAAAAGUAAAGUCAAUCUGAAAUAUAUUGAUUCUGAGCUUGAAGACCGUUUGGCUUUAGAGGAAGUAGAAUCUCCAAGUGGCACAGGUUUUGAGAACAAAACCUUUGAACACGAGAAUUAUUUGAAGAAACGAUCCGAGAAGGAAGUAGACGAGAAGGAACCAGAAGACGGUGUGAAGUCAAUGGAAACGAGCACAGAGAGUACCAUCAGCGAGCCCACGGAAGACUCCAGUCCAGAAACACCGUCUUCUAGAAGACGAAUCCUGGAUAUAAAGGACUACGAAGAUAUUAAAGCGGAAUUGGCCGGCGGCAAGAGCGGGCCUAGUGGGCUCCGGCGCAGCAGCGAGCGCUCUGAUUCGGCCGAGCCGAAGACUGAGCGUCAGGCCAGCCAUACCAGCGGUCUGAACGGUCUGCGCAACAUCGGUAACACGUGCUUCAUGAACAGCGUGCUGCAGUGUCUGUCAAACACGCGGCCGCUGCUCGAAUACGUGUCAGAGGACAAGCACGGACAGGAGAUUAACACUACGCUGUCGUGCAUGAAGGGCGCGCUCAUCAAGGCGUUCGCAAGCGUUAUAAAGGAGUUGUGGCGCAGCGGGGAGCGUGACGCGGUGGUGAAUACCACCAGCCUCAAGUCUCAGGUGCAGCGCUUCGCCCCACGCUUCAUGGGGUACAGCCAACAAGACGCACAGGAGUUCCUUCGUUACUUGCUGGAGGGUCUGCACGAGGAUGUUAACAGAGUCACCAUCAAGCCCAAACCUAUUCUUACUGAAAUCGAUGACAAUCUAAGUGACAGUGCGAAGGCUGCGGAGGCGUGGUCCCGUUACCUGCGCAUGGAGGACAGUCGUGUGGGUGACAUCUUUGUUGGCCAGCUCAAGUCCACGCUCCGAUGCACGCAUUGCAACCACGACAGUGUCACCUUCGACCCCUUUUGGGACCUCAGUCUGCCGAUCCCGUCGCGCACGGGCAACCUGAAGCUGCAGCAGUGCCUGCAGCACUUCGUGCGCGAGGAGGAGCUUGAUGGCGACGAGAAACCGACGUGUUCAAAGUGCGGCGUGCGACGGAAGUGCCUCAAAUGGUUCACGGUGCAGAAGUUCCCGCAAGUUUUGGUGCUACAUCUUAAGAGGUUCUCGCCGACGGAGCGUUUCCGUGGCAAGUUGUCAGUCUGCGUGGAGUUCCCGCUGAGCGGACUGGACAUGUCGCCAUUCGCCGCAUGCCGUUCUGCACAGCCUGUCUACAACCUCUACGCCGUCAGCAACCACUCGGGUACGACUUACUCGGGACACUACACCGCGUACUGCAAACAUCCAUAUACAGGCGAUUGGCACGAGUACAAUGACUCCAGGGUAACACCAAUCAGCCCCCGCAACGUAGUCUCCCCCGAGGCCUACGUGCUGUUCUACGAGCUACAGCGCUCGUAGCGCCCCCACACCACCCUCCCCCCCGCGACCAUCAACGCACAUCACACACACCUGACCAUAGACACGUACCACUAGUAUUAGUAACACUAACCGUGGAUUUCUGACACCAAAAUCUAUUUAUAAAACAUAUCAUAUUGUAUUUGACAAAACAGAUAUGUUUUAAACGGAUUUUGGUCUCAGAAACCCACGGUUACACAACUGAUUAGGCUAUCUGAACCUGUGGGAAUAAGAAACUAAAUUAUGACAGCGCACUAAAUCCACACUGUCAACUUUAAAAAAUGUCAAAAUCCUCUGUACUGUACCUGUCUUGUAUUUUGCCAUUUCCUAUGUCUUACCGUUGGUUUCUGAGACCAAAAUCUGCAUAAAACAUAUCGUGAUCUUUGUCACAUUUGUCAGAACAGAGAUAACAAUAUGUUUUAUCGUAGAUUUUGAUCUUAGAAACCCACGGUAAGUAGUUAUUACACAGACAGAAGCAACCGCUGUAAUAGAACCUCUCACUGGUUAAGAUAUCCUUGUUUGACUAUAGUAAUUUUUACACGAAGACAAGGCAUUAUUGCUUUUGUUUGAACACAGAAUGGUACUAUUUUUGAACAAACUGUUAUGUCUUCGUGUGAAAGUGGUAUUAUUGGUACUACUCGUGUUACCAGUACUAGAUAACAGUGCCAUUGAAAAAUGUGGUACACAUAUUGAAAAAUGGAUAUUUAAAAAUUAAUAGCAGUAAUAAAACUAAAAAUUGAAUAUGAAAUUACACAUAACUUGGGGUUUUAGAAACCCAAGAUUGUGUAGUCAAUUUGAACGAGAAAUGCAGUGACAUUUAAAUAUGGGUACCACAUAUUUUAUGAAUACUAAAAUAUAAAAAAUCAGUGUUUAAAUAUGGACGCUUAUCACGUAUCAUUCAGUUUAUAUCGUCCAAAAUAAAUUAGUAUAUAAUAUAGUAUAUAAAUGUUGGGCCGGCGUCGUACCGAGCUUGAACAAAAACGCUAAAACAGUGAUUAUUGUGGAAUUUAAUGUAGUUUUAUAUCACCGAAAUGCCUCCGCCAAAUUUACUUAUCGUUCAAAAAACCGACACACGGAGAAAUUAUAAAUUAUAUAAUACUAGCUGUCGCCCGCGACUCCGUCAGCGUGGAUAUUUAAA